AUGUCUUCUACAGGAAUCAGCGACGAGGAUAUUCUUCUGGCUCAGAGGAUAAUCUCAGCUGCGUCAAGACAUGACACGGAGGCACUGAAGAUUUUGCUCAAGAGCGGUGGAUCAGCGAAUGUGCGCGAUGACACUCGCACAACACCCUUACAUGCAGCAAUAGCUGCUGGGACGAAGGAAAAUGAGAAGAAGGUUGUCGACACGGUCGGCUUACUUCUACAGCAUGGAGCUAUCUGGAACGACACAGACAAGAGAGACGAGACCCCAGGAUGUAUUGCCUUACGUUUAGGGCUGCAAGAGGUUUACAGCCAAAUGGUCGAAGCGGGCGUGCGCGCGGAGCUUCUAUUUAAUGCACUAGGUUCUAUAGAGCGCGACAUGGAGGACGUGGAAUAUGACGAGGAGGACGACGACGUCGAGCUAGACAACUCCUCUUACCUCAAUUCAACGCUUCGCUACCGCAAGGACAUUCUUCUGGACUCUAGCAACAAUGCCGUCAUGAUGUCCUGGGAAACCGAGAUAAUGACCAGACACGCCGAAACACUACUCCCAAAACCAGGCCUGCGAGCAAUGAACGUCGGUCAUGGAAUGGGUAUCGUGGAUGGACAGAUUCAGCUUCGCGGGCCAGCAGAGCAUCACAUCAUCGAAGCACAUCCGCAAGUGUUGCAGAGGUUGAGGGAGACGGGAUGGUACGACAAGCCGAACGUGACGAUCUGGGAAGGUCGGUGGCAGGACAUGGUUCCGAAGAUGGUGGAGAAGGGUGUGGUACUGGAUGCGAUCUACUAUGACACGUUUGCAGAGGAUUACGCUGCGUACAAAGCGUUUGUUGAAGAAGGUGUCAUUCCGCUACUUGACAACGACGGUAAGUUUGGAUGGUACAAUGGGCUUGGAGCCGAUCGCCAGAUAUGCUACGACAUAUAUACAAAGGUUGCGGAGAUGGACCUCUAUGAGUUUGGCUUCGAUACGACCUGGGAAGAUAUACCGGUGCCUGCAGGGUUACAUGGAUCAGCAGAGUGGGAGGGCACGGUGCGGCCAUACUGGACGAUAGACGUUUAUCGUCUUCCGAUCAACACGUUCAUCAAGUGAAGAUGAAUUGGCAAGUUGAGCUCGCAGCAUUGAGUAUUUUGGCGAAGGCGUAGGCAUAAGCGUAAAUCGUACAGUAUAUGGGCACUGAUUCGUACAGUGUGGUUGGCAGAGGAAGUGUGCGUAAUUAUGCGAUCAAGCUUAGAAGCCUAGAAUAGAUAGACAAGUGGCCAAAGCGAAGAGUGGAAUAGCCAAUGAAUAGCAAUUAGCCUCUUAUGACAUACAAGGGUAUUCCGAGAGUCAAGCUAUUGGCGAGCAUGCAGUGGCACGCAGUCUAUGUAUGCAAACAGCUCGUACAAGAGCCCGUCGCACGUUGCACAUUUUCUGG